AUGGCUCUCUCCAUGCGAGCAUCUACAGGACCCCGUCAGUUCUCUUCCCGGAGUGGCUAUGGUGGAGGUUCUGUUAGGCUGUCCAGUUCCAGUAGUGUAGGAAGCUUUGGGGGAGGAUUUGGUGGUGGGUCUCUGCUCAACUUUGGCAGUAGUGGUGGUGGUGGAUAUGGUGGAGGACUGGGCAGUGGAUAUGGCGGAGGGUUAGGCGGUGGGUAUGGCGGAGGCUUCGGAGGGGGCUUUGGCGGAGGUUCGAGUGCUGGCUUCGGAGGGGGCUUUGGCGGAGGUUCAGGGGUUGGCUUCGGAGGGGGCUUUGGGGUUGGUGGCGGAGAAGGCAGCCUUUUAGCAGGCACCGAAAAAGAAACCAUGCAGAAUCUGAAUGAUCGUCUGGCCGCCUACCUGGACAAGGUGCGAUCUCUGGAGGAAGCCAAUACUGAGCUGGAACAGAAGAUCCGUGAGUGGUAUGAGAAAAAUGGCCCAGGGGCUGGUGGUGCAGGGGCUGGCCGAGAUUACAGUAAAUACUACCCCAUGAUUGAAGAUCUCAAGAACAAGAUCAUCAAUGCAACUAUUGAAAAUGCUCGGAUAGUUCUUCAAAUUGACAAUGCAAGGCUGGCAGCUGAUGAUUUCAGGCUGAAGUUUGAGAAUGAACUGGUUCUUCGCCAGAGUGUGGAAGCAGACAUUAAUGGCCUGCGCAGAGUCCUGGAUGAGCUGACCUUGACCAGAGCUGACCUAGAGAUGCAAAUUGAAAGCUUAAAUGAGGAACUGGCCUACCUCAAGAAGAACCAUGAGGAAGAACUCCUUGGAUUGCAAGGCAAUGCCACCGGGCAAGUCAGUGUAGAAAUGGAUGCUGUGCCAGGGGUUGAUUUGACCAAACUUCUGAAUGACAUGAGAGCACAGUAUGAGGCCGUUGCGGAACAACAUCGGAAAGAGGCUGAAGCCUGGUUCAACGAAAAGAGUGGGGAACUGAAAAGAGAGAUCUCUUCAAAUACCGAGCAGCUUCAGUCAGGAAAGAGUGAGAUCACAGACCUGAGACGGACUUUGCAAAGCCUGGAAAUUGAACUGCAGUCUCAACUUGCUAUGAAAAAAUCUCUUGAAGACACUCUAGCAGAAACUGAAGCCGGCUACUGUGCCCAACUCUCACAAAUGCAGCUUCAAAUUGGAAACAUGGAAUCCCAGCUUUUCCAAGUCCGAGCAGACAUGGAACGGCAAAAUGCUGAAUAUCAGCACCUCCUGGAUAUCAAGACCCGUCUGGAGAUGGAGAUUGAAACUUACCGCCGACUCCUAGAUGGCGAGAUUGGCUCAUUUGAAAGUGCUUCUGUGGCAAGUGUCAAAUCAGUGGAUUCCAGUCGCGAUCCAAACAAAACUAGAAAGGUCAAGACUAUCGUCGAAGAAGUAGUGGACGGCAAGGUAGUUUCAUCCCAAGUUAAGGAAGUUGAAGAGAAAAUAUUAUGA